CAGGUAGUUCGAACAUCAAGAAACUUUGUAACUUGUGUAUGUGUUAUUAUUUCACAGCCUCCACUUAUAAUAGUGAAUUUGUAAAUUAUUAAAAAUAUUUUAAUUUAUAUUUUCUUGUAAAAAUAUGAAUAGUAUACAUAUGAAUUAUAAUUACUUGUGAUUACUAUUUUUUUUACUUUGAAUUCUGUAAAAAAAUGUCGUAUCAAGGCUCUCCGUUUUCUGCUGUUUAUGGUCCAGAUGAUUAUGAACUUGAUGAAGACAAUGAAGAAUAUUUGGAUGAUGAUCGAUACCCUGAUGAUCCAGAUGAAAGCGAUGAAGACACUGAGGAGGCAAGUGAAACUGACAUGGGAAAAUCUGAAGAGUAUACAGAAAUAAAAGAACAAGUUUAUCAGGAUAAAUUAGCAAGUUUAAAGAAACAAUUACAGCAACUGAAGGAUGGUACGCAUCCAGACUAUAAUCGGAAAGUGAAACGUUUAGAAGCUCAAUAUCAUGAAAGAUUACGGUUAAAUAUUAUUUACCGAGAUUACCUCAUGGAAUGGGUAGAAAGAGACUACAUUUCAGAAAAAAAAGCAGCUGUAAAAGAGUUCGAGGAAAAAAAAAUUGAUCUUAAGGAAAAUUUGUUGACUGAUAUGGAAGAAAAACGAAAAAUGAUUGAAUCUGAUCGACAAACAAUGGAAUUAACUGGAGACUCUACGGAGGUCAAACCAGUAAUGACAAGAAAAUUACGUCGAAGACCAAACGAUCCUGUUCCUGAAAAGGUUGAAAAGCGAAGAAAACCACCACCUGCGCAACUAAAUUAUUUAUUGGAUGAAAAAGAAAUUGAGAGUGAUCUCAAAGCGAUUAGUAGAGGAAAAGCUUUAACUGCUGUGCGAAAGCAAGCGGUAAUGCCGCAUUACAAUUCUGUAGCUAUUCCGAAUUCACAUGUACCACCGUCUGCAGAAAACAAUUUGGUUGAAACAAGAAUCGAAGAUGGAAAGCUAUUAUAUGAAAGAAGGUGGUAUCAUAGAGGACAACCUGUUUAUGUUGAAGGAAUGGAACUAUCUAGGUUUGGAGCUAAUAUUUCUGCUAUAGGAACAGAAGCAAUUUGGGUCAAAAAAGUUUCUGAUGGCAGCAAAGUACGCAUAUAUACUUCACAAUUAAGUCGCGGAAAAAUAUCGAUCAAACGUCGGGCAUCAUAACAGUCACAGCCACGGAUCGUCCUCAGACUGGCGAGAUCUCGUGAUCCAUCCUCCUGCGGCACAUCAUCGGACUUUUAUCUGCGUCUACCGUCAACGUAUGAUGAUGCUUCAACUUAACAAUACUUGUCUUUUGCCACCAGUAAAACCAAACCUUUUGAUGAUAUUGUAUAGCCAUAAACAUCCAUAUAAAGUAUGAAAAUAUUAAAAGAACCAUCAUUGCAAGAAGAGAGUAAGUUGUCCAACGGGCAGGUGGAAAAUUAUCAUAGUUAUUUGCUGAAUAAAAGUCUGCAGCUACAAUGCAUACGUAGGAUGAACCCAUUGUCAACGGAGUGACGAUCAAACAGCGAACGAUAUCAACACGUAAAUUACGCAAGAAGAGCUGGUGUUCUGGAUGCUUCAAGCAUAUCCAAAUAAAAAUAGAACGUAAAGCGCUGUAGCGAGGAGUACGUUCGAUAUCAAAUUGAUAUCCACACAACUCACAACUACUUCUAUUACUUUCUUCAAGCCAACGUUCCAAACAGGAAAGAUGAAUUGCGCCCAUAGUGCCCUAAAAUUUAUUCAAGAUUAUUGUUAAAAAAUGAUAAUUAAUUGUACAAAUAAUCAAUGAGUAAAUUAAGUUUUAAAAUAAAUGUAAGAAAAAUUUUUACAAUGAA